AUGAAGGGACCCAUACCCAGCCGCUUCCUCCCCGUCCUGCUGGGGAGCCCUCGCCUGGGUCUUGUCCUCUCUCUCCCGCUGGCAGGCCCCAUUCAUGGGUUGGAUGAGGCUCAGAGAAGGUGUCAGAAUUUGAGAUUUUGUGCCUCCACUAUUGUUUGUUUCAAGAUAGUUUUAGACUUAACUUCUGAUUUCUUCAAUGAUCUGUUGUUCAUUUCACAGUGUGUUGGUUACGGGCCAUGUUUUUGUGUAAUUAUCCAAACAGAAGAAUCUUAUUCCUUUGUGGUCAGACAUGAAUCACUGUUGCUGCUCUGCCACCGUCCCCAUGGUCUGCGCUUCUUUCUGGCUCUCGCAGCAGAAGCCACCACCGCCGCCCUGGAAUCACACUGGCUUCACUUCCUCCCCCUCUUCUUCUUCUUCUUGCUGAGCCACUUGCUUCCUAGCACUCUGACCUUUGUCUCUGUCCAGCAGCGGGAGCCCUUCAUCCCGGGUGGCCUGGUUGCGCCGCUUGGCUUUUCUGCUAGCGGUUACUCCAGGACCCUCCUGAUGGUGACCACAGCUCCGCCGCCUUUACCCUGGAUCCCGGACUCCCGGGUGCUGUCCCCGACCCUCUUCCUCCCUCACUUCCUAGGGAGAGACAGCUCCUGUGUGAUCCCCAAACCUCGCGCUCCAGUAGCUCUGCCUAACUGCAGCCCUGCGAUGGGGGAGGCACCUUCACCCCAUGAUGGGGGAGGCACCCUUCAGGCAGUGCAGAAGAAGGUGAACCAACGGCAAAGGAAGACCUUUCUCUCUGUCUCUCUCUCUCACUGUCCACUCUGCCUGUCAAAAAAAAAAUCAAAGAUGGGAAAAUCAGAGAAAGUUACCCUUUCCCACUGCCAGCUUGUUAAUGGUAUACACGUGAGUGAACAACCAAAAAUAAAGAAAAGCAAACCUAAGUUGCCAGUAACCAAGAUCACUCCUACAAAAAGAAAUGAAAGUAACUUACAGCAGGACUCUGUUUCAUCUGAUAGAAUUCAGAAGCAGGAAAAAAAGCCUUUUAAAAAUACAGAGAAUAUUAAAAACAUGCAUUUGAAGAAAUCAGCACUUCUAACUGAAGUGAGCCAAAAAGUAAAUUAUGCUGGCAUGAAAUUUAGUAACCCACCAUCUCCUACUGUUCUUCCAGAGCCUCCUAGUCACUGGAUGGGAAGCUCUGUUGAAAAUUCCAACCAAAAUGGGGAGCUGAUGGCUGUGCACUUGAAAACACUGCUGAAAUUCAAACUGAAGAUUUCAGAUUUCAAUAUAUAUGUAAAACAUAGUUUUUCCCAACGCCCUGGACUCUUGGAAGUUGGUGCAGAUCUGGAAAGCUGCCUUGUUGCAGUGUAAGAGUACAAAAGAUGAGUUUAAAAAGCUAUAUAUAAACAGCUUGCAUUAUAUUUUGUAUUUUGUAAAUACUGUAUACCAUAUAUUAUGUAUAUAUUAUUCAUACUUGAGAAGUACAUUAUAGUUCUGUUAUGAAAGUAUGUAUUUUGCCCUGCCCACAUGGCAGGUCAUUGUGUAUAUAUAUGCACAUAUAUAAUAUUAUAUGUUAUAAUAUAUAUUUUCUAUAGAUAAUGGAAAAAUUUUAAGGGUGCUAAAGCACAUGGAAGACCAGUUUA